GCUCUGUGCCCGGCCCAAUGAGGACGCUACUGACCAUCCUGGCUGCGGGGUCCCUGGUCGCUCACAUCACUGAGGACACCCCAGAUCUCCUUCAGCACGUGAAGUUCCAGUCCAGCAACUUCGAAAACAUCCUGACUUGGGACAGCGGGCCGAGGAGCACCCCAGACACGGUCUACAGUGUGGAGUAUAAGACGUACGGGCAGACAGCGUGGCUGGCGAAGAAGGGCUGCCAGCGGAUCACCAGGAAGUCCUGCAACCUGACCGCGGAGACAGGCAGCCUGAUGGAGCUCUACUACGCCCGGGUAACUGCCACCAGCGCGGGAGGCCAGUCCGCUACCAAGAUGACCGACCGCUUCAGCUCACUGCAACACACUACCAUCAAACCACCCGAUGUGACCUGUGUCCCCAAGGUGAGAUCCAUUAGGAUGAUUGUUCACCCCACCUGCACGCCCCUCCGUUCGGAAGACGGCCACCGGCUAACCCUGGAGGACAUCUUCCGUGACCUGUUCUAUCGCUUAGACCUCCGUGUCAACCAGACCUACCAAAUGCACCUUGAAGGAAACCGGAGGGAAUACGAGUUCAUUGGCCUGAACCCUGACACGGAGUUCCUUGGGACCAUCACAAUUUUUGUUCCAACCUGGUCCAAAGAGAGUGCCCCCUACAUGUGCCGUGUGAAGACACUGCCAGACCUGACGUGGACUUACUCCUUCUCCGGCGCCCUCCUGUUCUCCAUGGGCUUUCUGGUCGCCGGCCUCUGCCUCCUGAGUUACAGAUACAUCACCAAGCCGCCUCAGCCCCCCAACUCACUGGACAUCCAGCAUGUGCUGACCUUCCAACCGCUGCAGCUCAUCCAGGAGCACGUCCUGAGCCCCAUCUGUGACCUCAGAGGCCCCAGCGGCCUGGCCCAGCCUGUCCAGUACUCCAAAGUCAUGGUCUGCAGACCCAGGGAGCCCCCAGGAGCCCUGCUGCUGCACAACCCGCCUGAGACCACCUACCUCAGGCAGCUGGACGGCUCUGCCCUCCAGCCCUCCAGAGUGCCACCUCACCAGGCACCCUCCCCGCUGUCCUACGCUCCACAGGCCACCCCUGAGGUCAGACCCCCAUCCUACACACCUCGGGCCACCCCAGACAGCUGGCCUCCCUCCUAUGGGCUAUGCGUGGAAGACUCUGGCAAAGACUCCCCACCUGUGACACGCUCCAGUCCCAAACACCUCAGGCCUAGGGGUCUGCUCCAGAAAGAGCCACCAGCUGGAAGCUGCACCGCAGGUGAACUUUCUCCGCAGGGGGUGGCCUCUGUGACUGCAGAGGAGCCCGAAGAAGCAAAAUCCCCCCAGCCACCCCUGUGUGCUGACACAGACGAGGCACCCGACGUCAGCGUGCUGCGCAAGGGCCAGCCGGGGACACCAGGGUACCUGAAGAGCCAGCUGCCCCUCCUCUCCUCUGUCCAGAUAGAGGGCCGCCCGGCGCCCCUCCCUUUGCACACUCCAUCCCUCCCGUGUUCUCCCACGGACCAGGUUUCUAGUCCCUGGGGCCUGCUGGAGUCCCUCGUGUGUUCCAACGACGAGGACCCAGUGUCCGGGACUGAGGCCAAGAGCGCAGCCCCCCGGGCCUCAGGCCCAGAGCAGCCCGCAGAGCUGGACUCUCUUUUCAGGGGCCUGGCCCUGACUGUGCAGUGGGAUCCUUGAGCGGCCAGUGGGCAGGUCUGGGCCUUCCUCCU